UCAGGUGAACAUGGAGGAAGACAGCAAUGUGUUACAGCUGCUGGAGGAGUAUUGCAAACUGAGGUCCUGCGGUCCCAGGCCAAAGGUCACUUAUAAACAACAAGGGGGUUAUCGACAGUUAUCCCAUGAUCUGUUAGAGUCUGACUCCUUUUAUCAAUCUGGAUCUCUGAAAAAAGAGGUCCCGACACUGUUGGCGACAAUCGUGGAUUCGGCGCACAUCGCAGAUUCGCCGACGAUCGCUGAGCAGAACCUGCAGACGCAAGACGAGAUCAUCCAGAGACUGGUCCAGCUCUUGAUAACAUUUGGAGAUGACAUUGAAGCGAAGCUCAAACAGAACCCUGCGCUGCAGCAGCAGCUUCAGAACCUGAACUACACUAUGUUCGAGAAGCUGACCUCCACUGUGCAGAACCUGCUGGUGCCAUCGGUACCGGGCCCGGGCUCUGACGGCCCAGUCCAGCAGCAGAGGAUUGCCUGGGCCUUUGAAGUGACCAGCAGACUGUCAGCGGUCCACGUGGUCCAGCGUAGAACAGUACUGCACUUUGGAGCCCAAUACAUCGAACAGAACCAUGCUGGCUGGAUCCAGCAGCAUGGAGGCUGGGACGAAGCUUUCGACUGAUCUGCAGAUCUUAUGGAUGGAGGCGACCAAACUGUGAACGAUAUGCUUUUUUUUUUUUUUUUUUUCCUACCUCCUUAAUAUUCGUCUUA